GCCGCCGCCGAACCCCGACCGCCCCGAACAACGCGGCUGUCCGCCCGCGACGUGCGGUCUAGCCCGAAAGUGGUAAAAUAAUACGCUACACGACGACCACGACGACGAAGGAAGAGACAGGGGGUGAGGGAGAGAGAAGGAUAUUGAAAAAGGAGAAAAAACUUCGCGCGUGCGUUCAUGUGCGCGAUGAGUUUGACAGCGAAGCGAGCUUCGAUCUGACAUUUCGGAGAGUGCAACACUGAGAGAGCUCGUGAAAUAAUAAAAAGCUCUCCCGCACUAAGCGAAUAAAAAGUGAAAGUAUAAUAUCAAAGAAUCUUUUGAAUGGAACAAACACGAUUUAACGUGGCAUCAAAAGUUUUUUUUUCCUAUUUUUUAAUUUUCACACAAACAAAUCGAUAAUUUCGUCCUCGCAAACAGUGUGUGACAGUGAAAUGAACGUUUUUUAACUGAACUGUUUUUAAAAUUCUAUCAAAGUCGUAUUGGCUUGAAAAAUUGUGACGACAGAGAGACUAAUAUGGGAGAAUGGUCGGACAAAACGGGGCUGUUCUGCUGCUGUUACUUGCAGGCUGGUGGAAAGCUCUGGCUCUCGUGCCACCGAUUCACACCGUAGAGGUUGACAUUGGACAAAAUGUAACGGUCGCAUGCGCCGAUGAAGAUUCCGUCGACGAUGACAAUGUUUCCAACGUAAUGUGGAAAAGGGACGGUCAAUUGAAUGCCAAAAGAUCAAACGUCUUCUCAAAUCGUGCCCUCGAACUGGUCAACGUGAGUCUCGACGAUGCUGGCAAUUAUUCGUGCAUCGUCGACGACGAUGCUGAUACGAUAAAAACGAGGAUCAAUAUUGAGGUUAAAAGCCCACCACCAGCCCUGCACAAUGUUUGGGUCAAACCAUCAACUAUUUUGGCAAAUAUACUGUGGCAAGUUAACGGUACAGGUGGAUAUCCAAUAAUAGAUUUCACAGCUGAAUAUCGUUUGAAGCCAGCCGUGGGUCAGGAGCCUGAAGAAUGGAAACCAAUAAUUCCAAUGCACAUACCUCCAAAUUCUAGACAAAUCGAUGUUUAUCACUUGGAGCCGAACACAACGUACGAGUUUCGAGUAUGGGCGACGAACAGGCUGGGCCGAGGCGAAAUCGUCGAGGUCGAGGGUCGGACGCAUUACACGAUCGAAGAAUUGGAACUAGCGAAACAUCUGCUGGCCGGAUUCGAAAAUUUCGAUCGUCGUAUUUGGGUCGCCGCGGUAGGCAUAGUUAUGGGAACACUAAUGGUCCUCGGUUUAGGUACAUGCUACCUUCUCUAUCGUGAGUGCAAGGCACCCUCGCAGCUGGAGGAGCAGGAAGUGAUUGAGCUCGUGCCGAACAUUAUUCUCAAUCCUGGAUUUUUCGACGAGAGAACAGAGCGCAUACCUCAGGACGAGAAUUUCAACAAUCAGACGACGACGAGGUUGAACAAUAACACGGUCGUACAACCACGACGACUCUAGCUCGAUACUUGAUCGUUUUUUUUCUUACUUUUUAUCGCGUAUUUGACGACAAAAAAAACGAAAGAAAAAACAUAAAAAAAAAUAUACAGCCGAGGAAAAAUUUUGCGUAGCACGAACGAUUUUUAUCCAUUUGACAUGGAAAAUCGAUAUUUUCCGCUCACGCUCGGUCAGUAUUUUGAAAUGUAAACGAAUAAUGUUACUAUCGUUUUUUAAUGCCCCGCGCAGUCUCGCGUUGUAAAAAAAAUACUGAGAAACGCGUUAUUGCUCGCCCCCCCUCCUAAAACAAACGUACACGUAAAUGCAAAUACGAUACAAAGCAAAGUGUUCAAAGAUUAGAAUACAAAAGAUGUAGCUUGAAAAAAAAAACGAGACUCGAGUAGAUCAAGAAAGAAACACACAUUGCAGAUUAAAUUGCCCACGAAGGCUCGAAAGAAAGUAGAUUUUCGUACUUUUACGUUGUUAUCCCUCUCUCAGUCAUCGGGACUGUUGAGAUGCAGCUUUUUGUUGACACGUUUAUUUGUAAUCCUCCAAGACUGCAAUUUUGUACAGGCGCUUUCUCGAAUUUUUUGUAUUUUUUUUUUUUUUUAUUGUUCCUUGUUAUUUAUUGAAUUCGAGAUACGCGUCAAUAGUGUCGAGCACGAGAGAAACAUUUUUCGUCCUCUCGGGACAAGGCUUUCGAUAUUUCUGAGAGCGAAUGAGGAUCAUGUCAUUAUUUUUUUUUCCCCCUUUAUUGAACCGCGUCGAAGUAACGUCUCUUGACGUUUUACUGCCCCGAGAUCGCGAGUCAUCUUGGAAUCAACGAAGAGACGCAAACAUUUAUUCAAGCAUUGGCCUCAAACGAGAAAUGCAUUUUUUCUCUUUUUUCUACUUGAAAUAAUAAUGAAAAAAAAAGAAACGAAAACAAAAAUAAAAGAAUUAAAUAAAAUAGACUCGCUGAGUCGUCGUUGUAAUCGUUGUCGCUGAUUGACCGUGACUUUUUUAUACGGAAAAACGUGGUUUUAUCGUUGAUACAUUUAAAAAAGGAAACGAGUUGAAAUUCUCGAACCUGAAAUGCGCUUUUUACAAUUAUAAUCGAAUCGGUGGUGCACGAGAAACAUUGUGGAAAUGAUUGAAAAGGAAAAAAAGAAGGAACAAAUAAUAAUUAUAAAUAAUAGUAAUGUUAACGCUUUUGCACAACCUUCGAACGAAUAUUAAUAUUACCGAGCGCAAAUGCGCAAAAAACUCACGCUCAUCUUUCAUCCCAUAAAGAUAGAAUCAAAAAUUGGCUUUCGAAUCGAACGUGAAAAUAAGGAAAAAGAAAGAGGGAAACGGAAAUGGCGCGUUGAGGGGGAAAUAAAAGUGGAUCGCGACUGAAAUUUUGCUAUUUGUGGCUUUUUGCACAAUAAUCAAUGGAAAUUCUGAACGAUCGCAUAUCAUAAUGAGCUCAGAAUGUCUUGAGAUAAAAUUUCGUAAUGAUUGUGUAAAGGAUCACAAUUUAUAUCGAUGUGAUAAGACGAGAGAGAGAAAAUACGAGAGAAAGGAAUUAAUCUGUAUAAGUUUGACGUUUGAGAAAGCCGAAAUCGAGCAAAUGGCAUUUCAAAUUCGUCAUUUUUUCGAAAUUUUAAUAUCUAAAAAAUUUACAUUCAGAAUUCAGAGUGAAAGAUUUUUGUUUUCGACUUGUAUUGAAGUAAAAAUUGAGAAACUCGAGAAAAUUUGCAAUUUCGUCGAGUUGACAGAAGAAGGAACAUGAGAGAGAAGAGCGCGAAAUGAAUUCGAGAAUAUGACGAUAAAAUCGGCAGUUUGAUGCACGCAGGUUGUAAAAAUAAAAUUGGUUGUGCGUUGUGCGUUGUUACGUAGAAGCUAUUAAAAAAUUCGACGAAUCCAAUCGUUCGUCGAGUCUCGCGUCGUUUUUACCAACACGAUGAACGAUACGAGACUAAAAAAAAAAUGAAUCGAACGGUAUACAAGAGUCGAGAAAAGCUUCGUACUAUGCACUCUGUGUUGUGAAUGGUAUAACUGUAAUAAUGAUAAUAAUAUUAAUGAGGAUAAACGUACGUAAGGACGCUCGCUAUCAGUAAAGAAACACAGUAAUAAGAUUGAAGAGGGAGGAAAAGAAAUGGGAAAAAAACAACAGCAACAUGAUAAUAAUAUAUAAACAUAAAAGUACAUAUAUUUAUAUAGCCGAGGCAUCGUAAUAUUUUAGCUCAUAAGCAAAGACAAUUUUUUAUAAUAUUAUAAAUCGGUGAUUCAAAUGCUGAAAAGACGUUUUUAGAAAAACAAAACGUCACAAUAUUUAUCUAAUUAACUGUAUCACCGUGAACGAACAAAAGUCACAAGCGUUAUAUUCACAGUCAUUUAUAUCGAUCAUCCUACGAUACGAGUUAAGCUUUUAAACAUAACGAAGAAAAAAAAUAACUUGAGAAAAAAUAAGAAAAAAGAAACGAAGAAGAACAUUUAGGACUUUUGGAGUAUCAUUCGAUAGUGAUUAAUCAAUCGAUCGCUCUCUAUCAAUACAUACACUUAUUAUUAUUUUUUUCUUCUCGCCUUUCUAUCGUUUCUAUUUUUUCUUAUCAUCAAGCUCAUUCGAUUGUUUAACUUGAUUCUGUUGGUAUUUUCGUUCCCUUUCGUCUCCGAGGCGAAGAAAAUCGCGGGCGGAAACACUCCCGAACGUAACGAAAGUUUCGAGAAUAAAUAGAUAGAUCCACUGUGUAUAGUUUCGUGAGAUAAAGAGCUUGUACACACUCGUAGAUGAAAUUAUUCUUGUAAACCAAGUGGAUGGAUCUUAGAUUUAUAAAAAAAAAAAGAAGAAGAUGAAAAAAGUAACAAAGUGAGAAGUUUAAGAAGCUUUCGAUACCGAGUAGAUUUCUCGUUACGUAAAAACAUAGUUGAACUCAUUCCUGCCAUAAAGCUUCCACAUUUUCGCGCCAAAACAAAUCGAUGAGAGACAGUACAUAGUAUUUUUCUUUCCCCAACACCGUACAGCUUUUGCCUCCGAGUUACGAAUCCCCCCCAGUAUUUUUUAGCUUUAAUCUAUCAUAAGCGUAAGAGGAAAACAAACAUACAAAGUUACCAUUAACUUUACCGGAAGAAGUAAUAUUAAUGUAGUCAAAUACAAUACUUUUAGCUGCUUCCGUAGAUCGAAAUACUUGUGCGCUUUGAAAACUCAUUAUUCUUUCUUGGUUAAAGGACGAAUUCAUUGUCGAUGUGACGUUAAUCGUCAAAUUAAUAGAGUAUUUUCGUGUGGACAAAAAAAAAUCUUUCAGUACACAGUUUGUUCAAUUCGAGAUGCUUUGCUUUGACAAUUGAUCAUUGACAUUGAUUUUGGGAAUAUGGAAGAUGGUAUUUUGAGAUAUUUUUUUUUCGUUUCUUCAUUCCGUUUAGCACAAUUUGCUUUUUCGUCCAUGUUAUUUUUUAUUGUACUUUUAAACCUGUUGCUUCGUUUUAUUUGAUUAUUAUUGUACGAUUAAUGUGUUGUUACAAUGAUUGAUAUUAUUGUUCGUAAACUCGAUGGCGUAAGAUUCAAUAUAGACAUUAUAAAAGGAAACUGCGAUAGAGAAUCUCGUCGUAGAUGUUUUGUCGAAUUGUAAUUGAAGAAAGGAGAAAAAAAUAUGGAAAAAAGAAACCACGCACGCUUAUCAACCGUAAUUGUACUAUUCUACUGUACAACUAUAUUUAGUGUACGUUUCAUUGUAAACAAAAGAAUCACGUGUGAAUUACUAAGGACAUUAAUUGCCUUCGAGGAUGAAUAUAAACUAUACAUACUAUAUUUUAUUUACAGAAUAUUAAAAUGAAAAAGAAAAAAAGGAAAGCGAGAAAAGAUAAAUGAAAACGAGGUUAAAUGAUGAAAUUAUUUAUGAGGUUUAAGUUUUUCCUUACAUUUUUGCAAUGUUGCAUUGAAUUCUGACAAUUCGAGAGAGGACCAUUGAAGCGAGAUCGCGGGUGUCAUUGAGUCAUAUUCUUUUACAGAGUUGUCUCUCAUACUGGUUAAGAAUAAAUGAUGAAGGGGGAAACCGACGAAAAAUUGAAUAAAUGGUACGGAACGAGUUGAAUAGCGAAUAGCCUCUUAUUCAUUCAGGUCUUCAUUGUGUCGAAUCCGAUAUGUGAGAAAUAGAAAAUAAUGUACGUCACAAAAAAUACACAUUUCGUCGUCAAGUACAAAAUAAUGAGGAUACGAAAGAACAAACAUAAUAAAACAAAAGAAAACAAAAAUAAUAACGUAAAUGAAUGGAGGGAUUUAAGCACAGAUUAGAUGAAAAUACCAAAGAAAUAUCGAGUCUUCUUUAAUAUCAUCGAAAAAUCGCAGAAAAUGUAUCGCUGGAUAGUAUUCUCGUUGCUUGUACUAGUCAUUGUGCAAAAUCAUCAGAAAAAUGAAGUAACGAGUUAUCACGUGAUAGAAGAAAAUUGAAUGAAAAAAUAAUGAAAAUACGUCAUAGACACAUAUCAGAAUAAAAUUUGUCGAAGAUUUAAAAAAUGAAUAAAAGAGAUUAAACUCAUUGAUUACCUGCGGGACGCACGCAUUUUAUUUUCGUAAGGCUCAAAUAUAUUUUCAUUAAAAAUAUUUUGAUUUGUGUUGGAAUGUACGAAAAGAUUAUUUAUAGCUGAAUUUUGAUUUCAAAGAGUAAAAAUUAGUUUACAUAUUUCUCAGAUGUCAGAUUAAGAGCGAGCGCGUUCAGCAUUCCAAAGCAAAUUGGCCAGUUCAUGAAAAAAUAUUACUAAAUAUGUGAAAAGAUUUUUCGCUCGAUCUUGAUGACGUAAAGCCUCGUUUUUUAGUGAUGGAUUUUCAAUGGAUAUUCGAUAAAAACUUCCAUCUGAAAAGCCACGAAAUAUCGUAAUUUUUGGCUUCUAAUACUCUCAUUUCCAUGAACUCUGGCUAAAACAGUAUUCGAAUGAUAACGCGCAAAUCUCGGGUUGUGAAGUAGUAGUUUUACGUGAGUUCGUAAACCAAAACUAUAGGACACACAUUUCCAAUCGAAUUUCAAUGUAUAACAAGCAUUAAGAAAAACACUUUUAUGUUUUAAAUCGAUGUGAAAUUCUCGCUAUAAGAGCAACUACUAGAUAUUUUUUCUCAAUAGUUUGAGAAUGAGAUUUUCGAAAAUCAUUCAUUUCAGUGAGAAUGGAAAAAAAUAACUCGUGAAAACGAAAUAAAUUUUGAGUGUGAUUAUCUUGUAAGGCUAACUACUGUUUUCAUCAUCGUAUUCAUAAAAUAACAUUGUAAUAACAACAAUGCCCACUGCAUUUCAAGCGAUGUAUAUAUCUAUACACACACAAUGUAUUAUACGUGUUAAAUUACGAUAUAAACUCAUAGCUUUCCCAUAGAAAGAUUGUACCGAGUCGUCGCGUCCACCGUCAUCGCUACCUUAUUCAUUUUAUUUUCUCUUUAUUAUUUAUUCACUUAUCCAACUGUUUGUAAAACGAGACACUUGUAAAAUCGCAACGCCACAAUCACGAGUUAAACGUAAGGUGCAACAUUAAUCAUUUAUUGUGAAAUACAAAAGGAAAAAUAGGGAGGAUGGGGACGAGAUCCGACCGAGUUUAUUACGAAUUUUCGGUGCAAUAAAGAAAUAAUAAAUGCA